UACAAAGCCUGUUUCAUUUUCUUUGAGGCCAGCUAAGCCCAGUCCGUUCUCUAUAUCGCAGUGGGGACGCCGUGUUUCCCGCUAUUUUAUAGCCACAGAUUAUUAAAUCUAUUGCACAUUAUAUUCCCGCGAAAAAGCUAACUAAGGAUGCGCCUAAUAUUACUGGGCGCUCUGGCGAUCGCCACUCUGGCCUGUUGUCAAGAGACUUGCCACUCAUCUGACGAGGAUCCCUACUUGCUCUUCGGGACUAAAACUGCGUAUACAUUCGCGAACCAGGGCAUCCCAUUCAACAGAGCACACGAUGUACCCGGUUGUCAGCCCAUCGCGAUUUGGUUGCUGAUCCGGCACGGCUCCCACAACCCGGAGGCGGAUGAAAUCGCCGACCUUCAGAAACUUAGCGAUUUAAAAAACAACAUCAUCGCUAAUUAUAGAAAAGGAAACUUUAGAGAUACAAACAUUCGCAUGUGCCCGUCCGACGUUAACCUGCUCGAGAGGUGGGAAUGGAAUCCUCGUCAGAACAUCACCUUCGCCGGGGACCUCACCAGCGACGGCUACAUUUCAACACAGCAACUGGCCCAGGCUUGGAAACAAAAGUUCCCGGGACUGUUAACCGAUAACCUCCAUGAUUACGUAUUCAGAUACGUGAACGAUCAACGGUCGAGCACAACGUUCCGUGCUUUCACUGAAGGAUUAUUCAGAGCCCGAGAAGACACGUAUGACAUUACAAAGGAAAAUGACGAGAAACUGCUUCGCCCGGAAAAAUUUUGCUCUUCAUGGAUUAAUAACGUUGAAGAAAAUAACGAUACUUUGACACAAUUACGAACUUUUGAGUCCAAACAAGAAUACAAAGAGAUGAUAAGCAACAUCUCGUUACGUUUGGGCUUCAAUUACGAUAUCCAGAAAGAAAUAAUGAAGCAAAUGUAUCAAAUGUGUAGGUACAAUAAGGCGUGGGAUGUAUCGCAGAUCUCACCUUGGUGUGCCGCAUUCUCCAAAGACGACCUCAAACGGCUAGAAUACGCAGAAGACUUGGAAACCUACUACAAAUACGGCUACGGAACUCCGAUGAAUCAGCAACUCGGAUGUACCGGCAUCAAGGACAUGAUGGACUUCUUCAAAAUACACGUGGAGCGAGUCGCGCCGCAGCAGCCGCGCGCGCGCGUGCAGCUGGCGGAGGCGCCGCAGCUGCUGCUCGCGCUGGCGGCCACGGGCGCGCGCCGCGACGCCGCGCCGCUCACGGGCGACAACUACCACUCGGCCGUGGCGCAGGCGCGCAAGUGGACCGCCUCCAGCAUGGCGCCCUUCAACGCCAACUUCGCCGCCGUCCUGUACAAAUGCACACCGGACAGCAAUUUACAAAUCAACGACCAGUAUCAGGUGCUGUUCAUGGAAAACGAGAGACCGUUAAAUUUGGAGGACUGCAGAGUCGGUCUCUGCAAUUACACCUUUGUCAAAAACCGUUUCGGUCUCAUCGCUGAUAACUGUAAUCUGGACUUCUGCAACUCGGCAACUAAAGCGAGCAGUAUUAUUGGAUUAAGCUUAAUCUUGGUAUUCAUUACUAAAUUACUUUAAAAAAUAGUAAUAUUUAGCUAUGAGGUUAAUUUCGAGUACCUUAUAUAUCACCAAUUCCAUGUAAAAUAAAAAUAGUUACAAAGAUAAAAAAUAAGAUGAAUAUAUUUUAGCACCGAAAGUGGAAUUUUAAAUAAAAAUAUAUAAAAGCCACAAGAAAAUUAACCGUUUAUUUACAAUUUGAAUCAAAAUCAAAGCAAAUAGAGACUAUACAAGUGCAAUACAUUUAAAUUACUACAAAACCAAAUACAGCCAACUUUGAUAAUUAAAUAAGGUAAGGAAUAACAAAAUGGCUUACGUCACAUGUAAUAACGACCAACACGGUUUAUCAAGAGACGUCCGAACCCUACGAGCGCUGACGUGCCAGUGUCCUGAUACUUCUAAGUACUCGCGUGAUAUAUCCGAUCCCAGGGUCGCUUAUAGUAUUGUAUGGAGACUCCAUUUAAUAUAUUAUCAAUAUAAAUACAAUAAUUGUUGUUCCCGCUAGAUUUUAAAUGUAAUAGAUAUAUUAUGCUAUGUUUUGCAGUAUGUGUAUGACCUUAUACCAUUAAAUACAACCGUAAAAUAAGUGCAAUGUUAUCAUAUGACACUUCUAGUGGUAUGGAUGUUUAUUUCAUAAUACUGGUUGGUAUGUUUUAUUUAUGAUUUUACAUUAAAUUAAAUCAUAAAAAAACUAUUGUCAUUUACAAAAACGAGAAAUAAUUAAGAACCUUAAAUUAUACCAUGUGGAACUCUCAUAAAGAUAACGAUUAAUAAAAUGUUAUUUGGCUUUUUUUAUUAAAUUAAAUCUACAAAAAUAUAAUUUCAAUGUUUAAAGUUAAGAUAAAUAAUUAUGUUAUAGCUUGCAUAAAGCUUGAAUUUCCCAUAUUGUAUAUUUUUAUGUAAUUAAUUUAAAUAGUCAUUAGUAUAUUAUAAAUUAAAAUAAAGUUGUUAGUUUUUUUAAAUAUAAUUUCUAUAUUUAAGUAAUAAAGCUUUUUUAUUGUGAUUAAUAUCAUUUCAAUGUUAUCAUAUAUUUUGUAUGUUUAUUUUACUUAAUUGUAAUAAGUAAAAGUUUUAAUUUUACCAGCAAAGUAAAAUAAUAUAUAAUUUCAGAAAUUUAUUAACUGUUAUUGUAAAAUAAUGUAUCAAUAUUUUUUUUUAGUUUUGUAAACGACGCGUAUUGACAAAGUUCCACAGAGCACAAAGGUUGCCAAUUGUCUUUACAUAGCUUUACACAAUUUUAUGCUUUAAAUGUCAGAGCACUGAAUAAAAUAAAUAUUGUAGUUGUUAUAUAAGCACCAAAUCGUGUUUGAAUAAAUUGAUUUAAAGCUU